AUGCUAGUAUUGUGUCACAAUGCGAGUAUCCUGCAAGAAUGGUAUUCGAUCAACGGCAAGACCACGAAGAUCUUCGAUAUUGCAAAAUGGGAAAAUGACAGAUUCAUUCCCUUGACAAAACUAGCUUUUUACGAUCGCAGAAACGAUUUGAACGGGACUGUUUUGCGAACCGUAACCAUCAAAGACAUGCCGAUGUCGAGCAAGUACGCCGGAAAAGUUGACAUUUUUAUAACCAAAUUGUUCGAAAAAGUAUUGGAGGAGCUUACGCAAACUCUCAAUUUUACUCUGGAUAUCGUGUCUGACAUGGACGAGCAUGGAGUAUGGAAUUAUCAAAAUGAAACCUGGUCUGGGGUGAUGGGUGAAAUUGUGUCGGGACGCGCGGAUAUCGCCGUUGCAGUUAUGGCGUUGUCGAGUCUCCGAUUGCGCGAUGUGGAUUUCACGUUUCCUCUGAUAAUAUCUAAGGUCAGUCUCUUUUUCAAAGAGCCGGGAAUGUGCGACGUCAAGUGGUUUAGUUACUUCCAGACUUUCCAUAUAUACACUUGGGCUGCGAUUAUUACUGUAAUCGCGAUUACACCGAUUNUGUUGUAUUUGAUGAAAGUGUGCAAAUCUCAAAAUAGAUUGCAACUGCUUUCUGACGAUUUUCUCUACAUUUGGGGUAUCUUUUGUCAGCAAGGACUUAUAGAAUUUCCAAAAUGUUCGUCGAUGCGAAUUGCGUACUUCACGAUAUUUGUAACAGCAGUACUGAUAAUGGCGCAUUAUUCAGCGGCAUUAGUUUGUUUUCUGACGUCGUGCACUCCCGUUCUGCCUUUUCAAACAAUGGACGAAUUUCUUAAAGACGACUUCAAAUGA